GCCAGGCCCUGGUGCAUGUGGAGCGCCUCCUGCUGGUUACGGACGAGCACGGCACGGUGAUGGGCCUGGAUUUCCAGCUGGGGGCCGGGGCCCCCCCCAAGCUGGCCGCGCCCCCCCCGCUGGAGCAGCUGGCACUCAGCCUGCUCUGCCAGAGCAUGGCCUGUCCGCUGGGCGGGGGGGAGCCCCGGCGGCCCCGGCUGCUGGCCGUGGGGGACCCCGCCUUGCACAAGUCACUGGAGCCCCUGCUGCCCCGGCUGGGGGUCAGACUGAGCCCGGGCCCCAUGCGGGGCUGGGGGCCGAAACCCACCUUCACCUUCCCCUCCAUGCGAGUGCGAGCCUGUCACGUGUGCAAGAGACACGGGUUCCAGGGGCGGCUGGUGCCGUGCCAGCAGUGCCGGGCCGUGCUGUACUGCUCCGAGCGGUGCCGGGCGGCCGACUGGGCCCGCAGCCCCGAGGAUGCGGCCCACCGGGCCUGGUGCCCCCGCAUGGCCGGGUACAUGGCCCGCGCCCGCCAGCUGGCCGACCUGCCCUUCACCUUCGCCGCCGAGGUGACCAGCGACGGGUUCAACAGGGAGGGGUUCCUGGCCGCCCGGGGGCUGACGCGGGGGUACUGGGCCCACGAGAGCAUGCUGGUCCGGGCCCCCGACUAUGGCGUGGGGCUGGGGGGCCGGAAGGACUGGAGACCCAGCCUGCUGCAGAGCGGUAACCCCUUCGAAGCGCUGAGGCCGGAGGGGGGAGCGGCUCUGCCCCCCACCUCCCCGGAGCCCCCUGCACCCAGGACCUAUUUCA